AUGGCUUCCUUUCUCCCAUGCACAGACCUAGGUACAAAUGUCACUGUUAACAGAGAAGAGUUUUUUAACUUCCACAACAUUGAUCGUCAACUCUUCACCCGUUUGGUGGUGGUACUAGGUCGUGACACUAGCCAAUCCACACAUGUCAUGGCCUUCUUCUUGUGGCUUGAAAAACAGUCCAAGAAUAUGUUUCUGGUGAAGAACUUGCUCCUAUGGUCUGAUCCCAUGAUUAAUAGUCUUGCAGAUGAGGCUACCUUGGUUUUGAAGUGCAUUGAGAGUUCCCAAUUCCCUUAUGAUGAUUCCACUGUAAACAAUGAGAGCUUGCCUUUGAUGAGAAGCAUAUUGCAUGACUCUAUAUCCUUCAAAUACUUUUAUCAUAACCGUGUGGUUAUCAUUGGAUCAGUCACCAAGUUACUUAACAAUGUUUGUGUAAGAGCUUUUGCAGACAUAGUGAAAGAAGUGCAGUAUAUGAAGGAUAUGAGAGAACAGAACUUGCAAUUUGAAAAUAUGUUCGGAACUAAUCAUUAUGUGAAACAAGUUGUGCAUCAUAGCCCAGUACCUGCCAUUACUAUUGUAUCCCAACAUGCUUCUGCAUUACCGCCACCACCACCCCAAUGGAGUGAAGGAAGUUCCACUUCUUGGGAGACCAAUAGCAGUGCCUACCUUCCUCUAGAAACUUAUGAUGUUUCAAACCAAAAUGAGUUUAACCAUAUUUUCAACGAGCUGAUAGCAACUACGAAUCAAACUAGUAUUACUACUGGACUCAAUGAUGAGAAAAUGGAGGUGCCAAUUGAUGAUAGGAUCAUCUUUAUGACAUUCUCUAAGGGCUACCCUAUUUCAGAGGCUGAACUUCUAGGUUUCUUCUCAAGAAGGUAUGGUGAUAUCAUUGAAGCAUUGUACAUGCAAGACGUGGUUCCUCCAGAGCAACCAUUGUAUGCUCGUGUGGUGAUUCGUGCUAGGGCAGUGCAUAUGGUUGAUUAUCUGCUUGAGAGCACAAAUAAAGUGAAACUCUGCAUCAAUGGAAAACAUGCUUGGGCUAGAAAAUAUCUUCGCAAAGGUAACAAAUCACCAAAGGCAAAAUCCCCAGUGACUUCUCGAGCACCUUCACCAUCUUCUGCAAGACCAUCUUACUCAUCAUCAAUAUCCUGA